AUGAAAAAUAUUUUCAUAUCAGGGGGAUGCAAUUCUGUAUAUAAUGGUUUGGAUGUUUGUUAAUUUGAACCAAAUUAGCAUUUGAUUGCAUAUCCUUGUAGUAAUUAAGUAAUUAGAUGAAUAUGUUAGAUAUUAGUAUAUGACAUUGAGAAAUUGAAGAUAAUAUAUUCAUAUUCAAUUUUUAAUAAGAGAGUGAAUUAUGUAAGAUUUUUGAAUGGGAAUACAUUGAUAGCUGCAGAUGGAGAAGGUAAGAUAGCAAUUUUGAAUGAUUAAUAAGUAUUAAAUGAGAGAAAAUUAAAUGAAUCAAUAUAAGUGUUUAAAGUUAUUGAUAAUUACAUAAUAACAUUAUCUAUUGAUGGUUUGGUAACAGUAUUAGACUUAGAAUUGAGAGAACUAUCAAAACUUGAAUUUGGUAAUAAUGUAAUGGAGAAUAUUGAUGCAAUAGUAUUUGAUAACCAUAAGUUAAUAGCAUUAAGUGGUGUGGAUACUCAAAUUCACUUAUAUAUAUUGGAGAAUAAUUAAUUAUAAUAUAAGACAUCAGUGAGAGGUCAUUAAAGAAGUUUAAAUCAUUUAUAAUUUAAUUUGAGAGAUGAAAAUAAUUUAUAAUUAGCAAGUGCAUCUAAAGAUACUUAUACUAGAAUAUGGAGUAUUUAUAAGAUAGAUGAAGUUGAGACAAAGAUAAAAUCUUUUAGAAUAGAUUAAUAGUUGUAUAGUUUUAAGUUGGAAACUAUUCUUUAAGGACAUAUAGAGGAAGUUUCAUCAGUAAAUUGGUUGGAUGAAAAUACAAUUUUGAGUGGGUCAUUUGAUUAUAAUGUAAUAAUUUGGAAAUAAGAUAAAGAAACUGGAUUAUGGUUAAGUGUGUCAAGAUUAGGAUAGACAAGUGGGAAUAAGAAUUAAAUAUUUGGAUUAUAAACAUCAUUUGAUAAGAAAUAUAUAGUAAGUUAUUCAUUGACAGGUGCAAUAUAUAUAUGGAAAUAGGAAAAAGAAAAUUGGAUAGAAUAACCAGUUAUAACGGGUCAUUAUGCAGAAGUUACUGAUUUAGAUUUUAAAGAUUAUUUAUUAACUUGUAGUAUUGAUUAAACAAGUAGAAUAUUUGCAAAAUGGAUUGAAAAUGAUACAUACCAUGAAAUAUCAAGACCUUAGAUACAUGGUUAUGAUUUAAAUGCUAUUAAAUAAAUUGGGAAUUAAAUUAUAAGUGGAGGAGAUGAAAAAAUAUUAAGAAUGUUUAAUCCAUCACCUUUCACUAUUAAUUAAUUGAAUUAUUUAAAUGAAUAGAAUAUCAAUUCAUCAAUAUUUUUGAAUUAAAAUAUACCUUCAUAAAUUGUGACAUAUAAUAAUAGAUAAUUUAAUGAAUUUAAAUUAGCAACUGAAGGUAUUUAAUAAGCACUUGGAUUAAUGAAUGUAUAGAUGUAAUUUGAAGAUGAAGAUGAUGAGAAGUAAUUCUUUAAGUUUUAUAUUAUUGUAGUAUUAAAGGUAAUAAUAAUGAUGAAGAUUUAAAUUUAGAAGUUAGAUAUGGAAAACCUCCAAAUGAUGCUUUACUUGCUAAGAAAUCUUUAUGGCCUGAAACAAAUAAAUUAUAUGGACAUGGAUAUGCUAUCUCAGCUAUUGCUAUACAUUAAAAUAUUGCUGCUUCAUCUUCUGUAGCGAUUACAUCUAAAGCUGCUGAAAUUAUUAUCUGGGAUACAAACACAUUCAAAAUCAAAUAAUUACUAUCUUGUCAUAAUUAUACUGUUGUCUAAUUGGUAUUCUCUAAAAGUGGCAAAUAUUUAAUUAGUGUAAGUAAAGAUAGAUGUUUGGGAGUAUUUAUUAAAUAAGAUGAUAACAAUUAUUAAUUAUUAUCAAAAUCAUAACCUUGUUCCAGAAUUAUUUAUACAUGUUCAUUUAAUAAUGAUGAAAAUCUUAUAUUCACUGGAAGCAGAGAUAAGAAAUUUAGAAUCUAUAAUACUUUAGAAGCUUCCCUCCCUAUUAAAGAAAUUGAUUUCCCAGAUGAAAUCACUGCUAUUGAUUCAGUUUUUCUUGAUGAUAAAUAAAUUGUUGCUAUAGCAUAUGCUUAAGGACAAUUAUCAAUAUAUGAAUUUACCUAAACUCUUGAAUUAAAUUUAAUCUCAACUGUUGAUAAAUAUCAUUAACAUUCAAAAACUAUUAAUAGAGUUUAAUUUAAUAAUCAUUUACUUGCAUCAUGCAGUGAUGAUCACACAGUCAGAAUAUUUCAAAUAUGAAAAUUAAAUUAUAAGCAAC